AUGGUAAAUCCACCUAUUUCUAAAUCUAAUGAACAACGUAAUGAUGAUCUUAUUUUUUCAUAUUUAACUAAAAUUGAAGAUUUUAUCAUAACUGAUAAACAACGUUCUGAAACAUUUGCUAAUUAUGUUAAACAUUUUGCUGAUUUAAAAUGUUCAUUAUUACCAUCAUCAUUUAAUACAGUUACACCACUUUCAAUACAUAUACAUGGUUUUGAACCUGAACAAAUUUAUCAACAACUUAAAUCAAUUAAUGAAACUCGAUUUAAAUCAUUUCUAGCAACUAUUGUUAAAAAUAAAACAAAACAAAAAACAUUUGGUAAUUUACUUCGAUCACCAUCACCAGAAAAACCAUCAUUAAUUGAAGAAAAUAUUAAACAAGAAGAAGAAGAAAAUAAUAAUGAAGAUUUAUCAAUAUCAACAAAAAAAAAUUCAAAAAAAAAGAAAAAAUCUGUGACAUUUUUUGAUUCAAAUGCUUUAAAUAAAUUUCUUAAUGAACAAGAUUUUCAAGAAAUAUCAAAAUCAAAUCGAAAGAUAAAUGAAGACGAUGAUGAUCUUGAAGACGAUGACGAUGAUGAUGAUGAUGAUGAUGAUCUAUCUCUUGAUGAAGAAAAUGAAGAUGCAACUUAUGAUGAAUUUUUCGAUCCACCAACUGAAACUAAACAAAAAAAGAAAAAGAAAAAAGAAAAAAUUGAAACAGAAAAUAAUCACGUUGACAUUGAUCAAGACGAAGAAAAUAAAGAAGAGGAUGAUGAUGAAGAUAUUGAUCUUGAAAAUAAAUCAGAAUUUGAAAAACAACAAAUUCACUUAAAACGUCAAAUAAAAUCAAUUGAAAAAGAUAUGUUAAGUACUAAAUCAUGGCAAUUAACUGGAGAAAUCGAAGGUCAUAAACGACCAGAAAAUAGUUUACUUGAAGAAUAUUUACAAUAUGAUCGAACUACUCGAUUACCUCCGGUAAUAACAACUGAAACAACAGAUUCAAUAGAAGAUUUAAUAAAACAACGUAUACGUGAUAAAGCAUUUGAUGAUGUUGAACGUAAAAAGAAAACAUUACAUGAUAAUGAAGCUCAAGCAUAUAAAAAAGAAAUUGUACUUGAACAUGAAAAAAGUAAAAUGAGUUUAGCACAAGUUUAUGAACAGGAAUAUAUGAAAAAACCAACAAAUGAUAAAACAGAAAAAAAAGAUGAAAGACAUGAAAAUAUUCGACAAAUUAUGCAAAAUUUAUUUAUCGAUCUCGAUGCUUUAUCUAAUUUUAGAUUUACACCAAAACCACCUGUACCUGAAGUAACAGUUAUUAAUAAUUUACCAGCUAUUUUAGUUGAAGAAGUUGUACCAACAACUGUUAAUGAUUCAACAUUACUUGCACCAGAAGAAGUUCAUAUAAGACCAAAAGGUGAUAUUAAAGCUGAUAGUGAACGAACAGAUACUGAUAAAAAACAUGCAAGACGUUUACUUAAACAUAAACUUAAAUUAAAAUCAAAAACUCAACCAACGAAAACAAAUCCUGAAGAACAAGAGAAAGAAGAAAAACGAAAUUUAUUGAAGAAACUUGGUAAAAUGAAGAAUGUUCGAAUUGAAAAAACUGAUAAAAAACGAUCAAGUGAAAAAACAGCACGUAGUUCAACGAAAUUCUUUCAACAACUUCAACAAUCAACAUUAAUAACUCCAACAAAAAAACGUCAUCAUUCGGAUAAAACAACAAUUACAGAUUCAAAACGAUUAAAAUUAUAA